AAUCACAUUAGGUUUUCGGUCCAACUCAAAUUAUUCAGGCUUUAAAUUUUAAAACUCUAGUGCAAUUGAUGGUGUUUUGGAAUUUUCCGAAAGAAACUUGGCAAACCAACAACCUAUUUUCUGGAACAUACAAGAUUGUCCCUUUGGUUUGAUUUAAAUACCUCGUACGUUCCUUCGCUUCAGACAGCAACAAACAAACAAGAAAAUCAACAUUUGCUGCUAUCCAUUCACAAAAAACAGAGAGUUCAAAACACCUAACCAAGUCAAGAAGAGAAGAUGUCACUGAUUCCAAGUUUCUUCGGUGGUCGAAGGAGCAAUGUUUUCGACCCUUUCGCGCUCGACGUAUGGGGCCCCUUCAAGGAUUUGUCUUUCCCUUCUUCGCUUUCUGCUGAAAAUUCUGCGUUCGUGAACACCCGAUUGGAUUGGAAGGAGACCCCAGAAGCCCACGUGUUCAAGGUUGAUAUUCCGGGGCUGAAGAAGGAACAAGUGAAGGUGGAGAUUGAAGAUGACAAGGUUCUUCGGAUAAGCGGAGAGAGGAGCGUGGAGCGCAGUAGUGCUAAGUUCUUGAGGAAGUUCAGAUUGCCAGAAAACACUAAAUUUGAUCAAGUUAAGGCUUCUAUGGAAAAUGGGGUUCUCACUGUCACUCUUCCAAAGGAAGAGGUCAAGAAGCCUGAUGUUAAGGCUGUGCAAAUUUCUGGUUGAAGUCCAAUAUAUAGAAAAUAUUGUUUUUUGCUGGGUUGUGAGAAGUAUCUUGUGUUAUUUGCUGUGAAUUAUAAGGAAGAUCUUACAAUGUAAAAUAUUUUAGCUGUUGAAAUAAGCGUUGUGAGAGUUACAUUCAUGUGUGUUGAAGUGUCUUAAUUAAAUGUGAUGUAGACACAAAAAAAUUAUAAAUAAUGUAAUGUGAAUUAUAAUUGGUUACUGCAUC